AUGCACAUACCGUUCAUCACCAAUCUAGCCACUUCCCUUCUCCCUUUUCUUCACCCAUCAGAUUCAAUACCCGACUCGUCAUCGUUAUCUUCGAAUUCGAACUCUUUGAUCACGAUCAAGCCGGUUCAUGCUCAUAUACAUAAAUAUAAUUCGACGACUUCAGCUCCAGCUUUAUAUUUCCAUAAUACAUCAUCUGAAAUAUCAUUUUACGCAAAUGAUUAUCCUACGUUAUUCUCCAGUGAAGAUCAAGAGGAUAUACCUUCAUUAUCCUCUGAAGAUUUAACUAUACGAACCAAAAAAGUCAUCAUUCGAAGACCUAGGAUUAGACCACCUUCAAUCAUCUCAUGGUCAUUAUCACAUCGUCAAGCGAUUCGAGGAUUCUCCUCCUCAUCAGUCAAUGCCAAUUCUUCCAUGUCUAUGGGCGGUGGAGAUGUGGAUAUUUGGAAAGCACCUGAUAUGAACUCUGAAGGAGGGGAAUGGGAUGAUGUUGAGGUUACAGCACCAGACAUAACAGAUAGACAAACUUUAAUCACACUAGCUAAAAUCACUUCAAAUGCUUAUGUCUUACCUGAAAGUGGUGAAUGGUGGCCUACAGGUCAUUGGAACGCUACCGUUCCUUUCGGUUGGGAUGAUAACGCAGAUGGAUUAAGAGGUCAUGUUUUCGCCGAUCCAAAGAACGAAACAGUCAUUAUAUCAAUCAAAGGUACUUCAGCAGGAGUAUUAGGCUCAGGUGGACCAACGGCGAAAAAUGAUAAAUUCAAUGAUAACUUGCUAUUCUCAUGUUGUUGUGCUCGAGUCGAUUUCUCUUGGACACCAGUUUGUGAUUGUUAUGCAGGGGGUUGGAAAUGUGAACAAACUUGUUUAGAAGAUGCUUUGGUAUCAGAAAGUGUUUAUGCCACUGUUGGUACAAACCUGUAUAAUAACGUCACGUACAUGUUCCCCAAUGCUACCAUCUGGCUGGUGGGACAUUCCCUUGGAGGAUCGCUAUCAUCUCUAGUGGGAUUAUCGUUCGGAGCUCCAGCAGUUACGUUUGAAGCUCCAGGUGAUCGACAAGCUGCUCAACGUUUACAUUUACCUUUGCCACCUGGUAUGCCAACUGAUAAAACAGCCAUAACGCAUGUGUAUCACACGGCAGAUCCGAUCCCUAUGGGCGCUUGCAAUGGUGCUACUUCAGGUUGUUACGCAGCUGGGUUUGCCCUGGAAUCCAAAUGUCAUACCGGCGAAACAAUCCUAUACGACACAGUAACAGUCAAAGGGUGGACAGUGGAUAUACGUACACAUGGCAUAACCAACAUAAUAAAACAAGUAUUAGCUGAUCCAUGGCCAGAAGUUGAGAAACCUAAGAAACCAGAUACCAGUCCAUCAUUUUCUUUGAAAGGUGGUAUUCAGUCGUGGUGGGGAUGGCCAAGGAAAGGUCCUGGAAAAGGAAAAAGAGAUGACAAUGACGAUAACGAUGAUGAUGAAGAUAAAAGCGAUGGCGGUUGGGAAAAGCAUGGUGGUGUACCAAAAGCUGAGAAUGAGGAUGAAUGUGUUGAUUGUUAUAGAUGGGAAUUUGGCGAUGGAUGGAAAAAAGAGCCCAGCAGAAACGAUAAAGAGUUUUCUAUCGCAGAAGCUAGGAGGAAAGGACUGAAGAGGACAUGA